UGUGUUGAAUCUGUUAAAACGUCGCUGUUAUGGAAAGUGAAGUAGGACAGUCAUAUGAAUUUUGUACUGCAUCUUUAACCCCUCUCAGAGAUGCCUAUUUUAAGAGGACUGAGAACGGAUAAUUGCCACCUUUAUAAGGAAUUGGUUGACUAAUUUCAAGCUAUUAUCAGCUAAUAAUGUUAUUUUUUCGAAGGCGCUGGUUGAGCGAGUAGGAUUGGUCAGUUUAGUAAUUUCCAAUUCUUUGUCUGUCGUUUGCUAUGAUUUUUAAGGUGGUAGAGAAUUUGUAAUGCAUAAAAUGAAUGGUGGUAGAGUAAAGAUCUUGUGAUUGGUAUCUAAAAGCUGGUAUAUAUUUGAAAGCACCCUUAUUUAGUUGUUCUGGGGUUGCAAUUCGGUUAAGUUUUUGUACAAGUCUGUCUCUUGUCAUCAACAAUUGCAGGAAUGUUUCUUACACCUAUGUCACUAUGUCAGGAUGUCUGGUUUUGUGCUCAUUUUAAAUGAAUAGAUUGGUUUUGUGUAUCAGGGGCCUUUUAUGUGUUAAUGGGUUUAACAUCUUAAUAAGCAGUACUCAGCUAAUUUCAUUGCCAUUUUAGUAGAAAAAUUUAAUAAGAAAGGGAAAACAUGAAAUUUAAAUUGCCUUAAAUGUGGAGAAAGUUUAAAUUUUGGUAUAAAAGUAUUAAUGAGAGGAAUGUUAUCUUGGUUGUUGAAAAAUGAGAAUAAAGGUUUGAUAUGAUUAUGUGCUGAAUUUCUAACAAUACACAUGAUUUAUAGAUUAAGAAACUUGUUACAAGUUAGUCUGAAAAUUGAAUACAUGGUAGAAGUAUGAGAUUGGAGGAUGAACUGUUGAUAGUGCUCAAUUAAACUACUUAGCCUUCAUACCUAACUAGUUGAGUCGAGGAGUUUACCAUAUUGAUGUGACUAUAGCUUUGUAUUAGCUGUCAACCUAUUGCAACUUGCCCUUUAUUUGGGCUUGGGACUGGCUAUGUGUAAGGAUUAGGAUAAUAUUUAUCAAUAUUGAUUAAUGUUAAGUAGAAUAAUAUUUGAUUAAGAUAAUAAUUGAUAUUUGAAUUUGAAUAAUUGAUAGGAUAAUAAUUUAUAUUUCAAUGAGAAGAUUAGUAUAAUAAGAUUAGGAUAUUGGAAUAAUAAAAUGAGUAGCUGGAUUGAGAGAAGGAAAAAAGGGAAAAAGAUUGUAUAACAUUUUGGGCAACCUAUGGUUGAUUGGGAGACUAUGGCCUUAGGAUGAGCUGCCUCUUGUUGCCAACAUGUUUCAUAAGUUUAUUUGUGUAGGUUCCUACCAAAUUGGUAUCAAAUGAGUGUUAUCUAGGUUGAUCUGGGCAAGGAUUGUAAAAGGAUGGAGAGUAGAGUCAAUGUAGAGAAGAUUAGAGAGGCAAAGUUGGAAGCCAUGGAAUCCAGGUUGGAUAAUAUGGCCAAUGGAUUGAAGACAAUGAAAGGGUGCAUAAAGGAUGAAAGGAGUUGUAGGAUUUGGCAAGAAAAGGGUCACAAGGUUGGGAUUUGAGGCAUCUGCGAUUAAGCUUAUGGUGUUGGAGUGGCAACAUCAUACAAUGGCAGACAACAUGGGUUGACUUUUUCAACCACUGGCAGCAAUUGGGCAAAUGGCGAAAUGGGUGAUAUUUUUUUAAAUUAGUGUAGAUUCAAAAAAUUUCAGCGGUUGUCCAAAAUGAGUUUCUUCAUUUUGUGGUUAAGCAUGCUUUGUCAAAGAUCAGAAAUGUGAGAAAAAUUACUCUGGUGCUUGAUAUUACAAGGUUAUAAAGGCAGUGAUGGAGAUAUCAUUAUUAAAAGUUCUUCUGAAAAAUAUCUCUUUGUUUUUACAUUUAUCGUCUUUUGACAACGUAAAUUCAGACCCUGUUCAGAAGUAUUACCAGAGGGCGGAAGAGAUAUUUAAGUUGCUGAAGCCAAUUCUUGAUGCUAUCAUUGAUUCUGAAAUAGCUUCUGAUGAAGCACUUAAAAAGGCAUUUGAAGAGUUUCGCCAAUCUAUUGAUGAAUUAAGGGAGCUCUUUGAAAACUGGCAACCAUUAUUGAGUAAAGUUUAUUUUGUUCUGCAAGUUGAAUUGCUGAUUUCUAAAAUACGGACUUCUGCCUUGGACAUACUCCAGCUGCUUAGCUGCUUGCACCAUUAUCUUCCUGAUGAAUUGAGUUCAGCAUCUCUUGAGCUCUUCAAAGAGAAAAUUAAGCACAUGGAAUAUUCACAAGCAUCAUCUCUCAUCAGAGAAGCAAUAAGAGAUCAAGCAAAUGGUGUCACACCUAGCUCAGAGAUCCUGGUAAAAGUUGCAGAGUGCCUGAGCUUGAGGUCAAACCAGGAGAUUCUGAUUGAGGCUGUGUCCCUUGAAAAGUUGAAGGAGAAUGCUGAACAAGCUGAAAAGGUUGAGGAAACUGAGUUUAUGGAUCAAAUGAUUACCCUUGUAACUCGCAUGCAUGAUCGCCUUGUUAUGAUGAAACAGUUGCAGAUCUGUACCCCAGUCCCUAUACCUCCUGAUUUCUGCUGUCCUCUCUCCCUUGAGCUGAUGACAGACCCGGUGAUUGUGGCAUCUGGGCAAACAUAUGAGCGGGCUUUCAUAAAGAAUUGGAUUGAACUUGGGCUCACUGUUUGCCCUAAGACACGUCUGACUCUGGCUCAUACCAACUUGAUACCCAAUUACACGGUGAAGGCACUAAUUGCAAACUGGUGUGAACUAAACAAUGUGAAUCUGCCUGAUCCCAUGAAAACUAUGAGCUUAAACCAACCCUCACCCCUUCUUGUGCAUUCAGAUUCUGAUGUUCCUGGUAAGAACCUAAUCUUGUCCACCAGGAUUCAUAGGGAGGGAAGUUCCCCAUUACAUCCUCGGUCAGCCUCAGAGGCUUCCUUGUCAAGUAUUGCUGGAAACGGGCAGGCUUUGGAUAGUGCAAGGGUAUCUCUUACCAGUUCUGAGGACAGAUUUGCUAAUUCUGAAGAACAGAGCGGGGAAUUGGUUGGCCAACCCUUUAUGUCACCAUCUAGAAAAGAGUUUUCUACUUCUAUUGAAAAUAUUGAACAGUCAUCUCACGUCCAUAGUAGGAGUGGCUCAGCCUCCAGUGUGCUUUCUAAUACAAAAGUUUCUCAGGGAGUUGUAGGAGAGAGCAAUGAAACUUCAGAGGGAUCAAACCAUCAUACUGAGCCUUCUGGAGAGGUAAAAUCAGAACCUCAUGUAGAUGCUACCUUGCCCACCACAGAGCGGGAAGCUGAAUUCCCAUCUCGUAUGAUGGAAACACGAUCUCGGGGCCAAGUGAUCUGGCGCCGCCCAUUAGAGAGACUUGUUCCAAGGAUGGUUUCUAAUUCAGCUACUGAAACCAGAGCUGAUCUCUCUGGCAUUGAAACCCAAGUACGAAAGUUGGUUGAGGACUUGAAGAGCACAUCUCUUGAAACUCAAAGGGAUGCAACAUCAGAACUCCGUUUACUUGCUAAGCACAACAAUGAUAAUCGGAUUGUAAUAGCAAGCUGCGGAGCCAUCAGCUUAUUAGUUGAUUUGCUUCACUCAACAGACACUGAGAUUCAGGAAAAUGCUGUUACAGCACUUCUUAACUUAUCAAUUAAUGAUAACAACAAAAGUGCAAUUGGUAAUGCCAAUGCCAUUGAACCUCUAAUUCAUGUCCUUAAGACAGGGAGCCCAGAAGCUAGAGAGAAUUCGGCUGCCACUCUCUUUAGCCUGUCUGUUAUCGAGGAUAAUAAGAUCAAGAUAGGGAAGUCUGGGGCAAUUGAACCUCUUGUUGAUUUGCUGGGAAAUGGGACACCUAGGGGUAAGAAAGAUGCAGCAACAGCUCUAUUUAAUUUGUCAAUAUAUCAUGAAAACAAAGCCCGGAUUGUGCAAGCUGGCGCUGUAAAACACCUUGUGGAUCUGAUGGAUCCAGCGGCUGGGAUGGUUGAUAAGGCAGUUGCUGUUUUAGCAAAUCUUGCCACAAUUCCUGAUGGAAGGACUGCAAUUGGUCAGGGGAAUGGGAUCCCUGUUCUGGUUGAGGUUGUUGAGCUGGGGUCUGCUAGAGGGAAGGAAAAUGCAGCAGCUGCGCUUUUACAGCUUUGCAUAGCCAGUGGUAGGCAUUGCAAUAUGGUGCUCCAAGAAGGAGCUGUCCCACCGUUAGUGGCAUUGUCACAGUCAGGCACCCCGAGGGCCAAAGAAAAGGCACAAUCACUCCUAAGUUACUUCAGAAGCCAUCGAAAUGAGAGGAAAACCCUAUUGAUUAAAUGAGGAUUUGACUGAGCCCUCUUGUGGAAAACUUGUUCUUGUCAAUGUGGCAAGAAACUGUAUACACGUGAGUCUAGUCUUUGCACUGAGUUGGAGGGAGAUUACCUCUUGAAUAAUCAGUUUUCCUUUUUUCUUUGUUUUAAAUUAUUUUGCAUUCAAUCAACUGUUGAUUCUAGAGGGAACUGAUGGUAGAAGCGUAAGACAAGCGUGUACAUCUGUUAUUCCAAAAUUCUUGUAAAAGUUGAUAGAUUUUCAAUGAUUUACAGACCAAAAAAAAAAAGGGAAGAGAUGGAAGGUUAUUGUUGGGCAGAAAAAUUUGUACGUGUUAAAUAGUAUUUUCGAGCUUCAGGAAGAUGAGUGAUGACAGAGGAAGAUAUUUUCGCAAAAUUUUCUUGAUCUUUUCUAUUUGAAGUUUUGAACUGUAAUUUGAAUGUAAAACAAAUGAUACAGGUUUUGUUGUAAUAAGUUUUUCAGUUAUUUUAUGCUUCAUACCUCGAA